GGUCUUCUUUAAAAUAAUAUUAACAGAUUUUCAGUACACAAAAAAGCUAAUUGCACAUAUUCAUAAAGUAUGUAUUGUCUCUGUGAAUAUUACACAUUUGACCCGACUGACAAGAUCAGAAUAACAAUAAAUGUGCACAAUAUUUUUUUAUAGAGUAAUCAGUUUAACACAAAAAGGAUACAACACAUAAUGUGAUAUACAGAACAAACAAAUGUGAUGUGGACUGAUGUUGUAUGUUUUUGUAGGUUGUCUGGCUGUAUGGUGACAGAGGAGGGAUGUUGUUAUGUGUCUUCAGCUCUGACUUCACACCCCUCAUGCUUGAGAGAGCUGGAUCUAAGCUAUAAUAACCCCGGAGAUUCAGGAGUCAAGCUGCUCUCUGAAAAACUGGAAGAUCCAAACUGCUCACUGGAUAAAUUCAAUGUGGAUCAUGGAGGAGAAUCCAGGAUUACAGCAGGACUAAAGAAAUAUGCCUGUUUUCUCACACUGGAUCCAAACACAGCACACACUCAUCUCAGUCUGUCUGAGGAGAACAGAAAGGUGACACAUGUGAUGAAGAAUCAGCCGUAUCCUGAUCAUCCAGACAGAUUUGAAGUGUAUCAGGUGUUGUGUAGAGAGAGUGUGUGUGGACGCUGUUACUGGGAGAUUGAGUGGAGUGGAGAUGUGCGUAUAUCAGUGUCAUAUAAGAGCAUCAGCAGAAAGGGAGACGGUGAUGAGUGUAGGUUUGGAUUUAAUGAUCAGUCCUGGAGUUUGUUCUGUUCUCCUGACAGUUUCUCAUUCAUACACAGUAACAUAGAGACUGAUCUCCCUGUGAAGUCCAUCAUCAGGAGAAUAGGAAUAUAUGCAAGUGACAUGAUGUUGCCACCAAUGACGGAUGACACAAGAGUUGACCUGUGGUGGAAUGCAGUCUCAGCAAUUCAGCACUACUCCAGGCUGUCAAGGGACAGCCCCAUCAACCCAUCACUCGUACAAAAUCUCAAACUGUCAAGCUGGAGAUACAGGGCAGAUAACAAAAGGAGGGCAGAACUUCAUGCUCCCAAUCCAGCCCGAAAGAAGGCAGCCAAAGACUCAUUAGUGGCAUCAGCUUUCAAUGCCAGAAAGACUGAGCUGACAAAAGCUGUGGCUGAAAGCAUUGAAAAGCUUGCUGCCAAGAAACAGAAGUAG